UUCAAACGUCAGUCUAUGACCAUUUUCACUUGUUUCUCUUUCUUCAUUUUCAUCAACAAAAUAGAAAAUUGGUCCAUCUUCUCCUAAUUUUUCUUAAUCGAAAACGCAACGAAAUUAUCAAUAAAAAAUGACAGAAAUAAAUUUUGAAAAUGAAAUCUCGAAUGGAAAAAACAAAAAUUGCGUACGAUGCCAAUUUUGUAAAUCAUUAAUGCUAUCAAAACAACAAGGAAACUAUUUACAACAAGAUCAAGAGAUAAACUUACCAACAAUUCAUGCUAAAAACACCAAAGAUCCAUCAGAAAUUGAGACUGAACCGAUGAAGGAUUUCUGGACAGUUGGUGAUAUGUUUCAAUUCGAGAACAUUGGUUUUUCAAAUACCGUAGGCAAUUUAAAGUAUCUGAUUUGUGCUGAUUGUGAUAUGGGUCCGGUUGGAUACCAAGAUGUAGGAAUUGAUAAAAUUUGUUAUGUUGCUCUUAGUCGAGUGAAACAUGAGAAUUAGAUUGAUCCUAACCCAGAAUUAUGUGCUUUUUUUUUUAUAUAAUUUAAGCAAUUUUAGUUUUCUUUUUUUGAUAAAUAUGUGUAAAUUUGUAUUUAACGCCAAUAAAGUACGUUUAAACUAGAA